GAUAUACACUUUAUUAAUGGUAUCAAUCAUUUUGGAGAAUAUAGUCAUGAUGUUGAAGCCACUAUUCUUGAUUCUGGAGAGAUUGAAGUUAAUCUCAUGGAAAACAUACAUCAGUAUAUGAAAGACAGAGGACGUUUCCCUUUAGGCACAUGGUUUUAUUUUUAAACAAAAUCAGCACCGCAAUUUCAAGAGUUUUCUCCAGUUACUUUAUCUGACUCAAGUUUCUCUGAUUGUGACCUUGAGUCUCAAACUGCUCUCGCACCUAUACAACCUCUUUGCUUUUUGUGCCAGCAAGAUAAAGAAUCCAACAGUCUUUAGAAACAUAUGCUGCGAAAAAUAGCAACCACCACUUCGACUCAAUCAAGUUCCCUGGUUACACCUGAUGAAGUACCACUCCAAAGUUUAAAUGAGACUCGCCAGCAACGUAUCUCAGCACUGUCCCCUGCUGUUAAUAGAACAACUAAUCAGUCACUAACAGAUCGAAUAAGAUCUCUUGCUUCUUCAAUGGAAGAUGGUCCUAUUGUUACUUUCAAAAUACGUAGAAGAAAUCUACUUGCAGAUGUUUUGCAGAAGUUUAAAGUAUUGUUUGGAGAAAAAAAGAUUAUUGCAAAAUUAAAGUUGAAUUCAUCAGUUUUUCUAAAACUAAGUCUAGUGUUGACAUUAGUGCCUUAGCUCGAGAAAUGUUUUUAUUAUUGUUCAACAGUGCUCCUGGGAAAUUUUUGCAAGGCCCGAUCAACAGACAUACUUUUCCGCAUGAUUUAGCAAGGUUGGAAGCAUCUGAUUUCUAUGCAUUUGGUCAAAGUGUUGUUUUGGCAUUGUUACAUAAUUGUGAAGCUCCUCAUCAGCUAUGUGAUGGCGUGGUGUCAUACAUACUAGGGAUUUCAGGAUGUAGAUGUAAAAUUGAAGAUGUUCCUGACAUUGAAAUGAGGGAAAAACUGGAAGAAAUUGAGGCAUCCACUGAUGAGCACCAAUUUGCAUCUAUUUUGAAUAAUUUUCCACAACGAUGCGAAUGUGGCUAUUUGACAUAUAAGCCCAAAUUUACUGAAAAAGCAGAGCUUGUGCAGAAAAUUUCACACCAUUGUAUUAUAUCUGCAAAUAUAGAGGAAAUCCAACAAUUCAGUCGUGGUUUAGCCACAGCAGGCAUGCUGCUAAUGAUGAAGGAGAACACAACUGAAGCCAAAAAGCUUUUAAUGUAUGAUGAAAAUUUAGCUGAUGUCGAAAAAGUGAAGAAAUUAUUCGAACCACAUUUUUCUAACAAUACAGUUGAUGCUGCACUGGAAGAAGACAUCGUGUUCAAUCUUUACAACUUUCUAAAAGAAAUAGCACAUGGAAAAGUUAAAAGUGUUGAUGCUUUCACCUUGACUCUUGUGGAAGAUGGGUGUACAGACGAGAGUAAGAAAGUAAAGAAAGAUGUGAAAAUCUCUGAUGUCAUUCAGUUCUUUACGGGCUACAGAUAUUACAACACACUGUCAAAGAAAAUCGAUGUGCAUUUCAAGCAUGGUCAGAAAGGACGCAUCGUUGUCAACACAUGUAAUUAUUUGGCAUUUUUUUCCUGUGAGUGAGAUGUACACAGGUAAAAACUUCACAAACAACAUAGUUUCGGAUAUAAUUAAUUCUUCUGGAUUUGGACAUGUUUAAGCUUUACUCAGUUAUUCAGAGACAGUAUGAUUAUUACAUUUCUUUUUCUAUUUAUGACCUUUAGCCAGAUAUAAGGUAAACGUUGAUUAUGUUUUUAUGAUUUUAAUAUGCCCUUUACGCAUGUUUGUUGCAGUCUUGUUGGUUCAUAUUUUGUUAAUAUGCUAAUGAUGAUAAUAGGGGUAUUUUGUUUACUUUUUUUAGGAAAAACUUAUUCGUCGUGGAAUUAAAAAGGCGACAUAUUGAAAUGCUAAAAAGGGACAAGUACGAUACGCAGUUGUUCGUUUUAAGUAAAUAUAUUCAGUUAUAUUCAGUUAGCUACAUCUACUGUUCGAUAGCCUCUAUCAAUAUAGCAUAUACUUCUACUGCCUCAUUUAUUUCUGUUGGGUUUUCAGUUGCCCUUCCUUUUGAACCGAGCACGAUAUCCGCAAAUUCUUUGAAUUCCUCUGAGUAAUUCUCGUUUGUGUCUUUAGUGAUACUUUCGAACAAAUCAAUUUCUCCUUGAUCAACAUUUUUCGCAUAAUGAAUCAGGGCGACCACGCGGGAGAGUAGACGAAUUGCUUGGGGCUAGAAUAUGCUGAUUCCAUCUGAUAGUCAGCUCAUAAAGUUCACGUCUGACAAUAAUCAUGAAACAGAAUCUUAUGCAAUCAGCGAUAACAAGAUUUGUAGCGUCAAGAACACAGUUAAUUCUUUGAAAAAGUUUCUCCAACAACUAGGUCUGUCCUUUGCAAGUUGUGACCAGAAACUUUCGAUUUUUUGGUUCGCCGGUGAUGUUCUAACAAUGAAACUAUUAACGCCUGAGGGUGCGUCGUUAUCUCCCGAUCUUAAAGCGAUAUGCAUGGCUUCGAUAAUUCGUCACUUAUUCUGGUGGGUACGACUUUCAGUUGUUUGACUGCUUGCAGGUAAUAUUGUGCAAUAACUACCGAUUGUUUAUUUGUCUUCCCUACUUCAAGCCAUAUUAAUCUCCGCGAAAACCCAUCUAUACAGCCGUGUACGCAAAAACCAUACGGUUUCAACUUGUCAUAGCCAUCGAUGUGCCACAUGAAGUUUGGUCCUGGGACACUAUAUGUGCGACGGCGUAAUCUUUUCUUUUUUCGUGCCUGGACUCCUUCAGGAUCAAGAUCUCUGACAAUCUCCAUCACAGAUUGACGGGUAACAGGGAUGCCUCGCGAUCUUUCAAUCCGCCAGAUCUUUCUAUAUCCUAACAAACGGAAAGUAAUUUCCGUUUUAUCAUAUGGUAAUUUUGAACAUCAAUACACCUUUCCCGGAUUUAUAUUUUGUAAAAUAUUGCGUGCAUGAAAACGAGGCAAAUCUUGGUAAACAUUAUUCGCGUUCAUAUAAACAUGGAGGAAGACAAUACUAUGAGAGAUAUUUUCCUUAAAAUAAUUGAGGAAAAUAUAGAUUUAGUCUUCGAUGAAACUGAAGAAAAAGCGUAAGGGAAAACAUGGAGGGGAUGCCACCGUUCACGAUAAAAGAAAUUGAAAUACAUCGACAAAAUAGUGGUAAACAGCACGGUGUGGCAAUUAUUAAAACUUUGGAGCGUGGCAGAAAGUUUAGGGAUGAACUAUACAUAUCUGCUGAUAGCAUUUUCACAUCAACAACUACAUUUGCUCCAAGUAAAAACAGAAUUUUUUUAAAGACUUAGUUAUGGUCAGCCCUGUAAAAAGUAAUGCUGACAAAAAUCCAUCUAACGUUAUAUGAUCCUAGAAUUAAUGAUAGUUUGUGUAACAUAAAUCCAAGAAUAUUAAAACUGCAAGAAGAUAUGCUUAUGGUUGACAAACGGGUUGGUUUUGCUCAUUGUAUUGACAGCACACGAAAAAGAAAAAACGACAUUAAAUAUGCGAACUUUCUUGUUCGAUCUACAUUGUCACACCAACUACUACCGUUAGAACAUACCAUCAAGAUUGUUACUAACAUUAAUAUAUCAAAUACUUCAAAUAAAUCAAAACAUAACGAAACACAACCCUAUGAGUUUAUUGAUGUAAAUCCUGUAUUAAUCCCAAAAGAUUGGGGUAAAUUAAAUCAACAUUACACACACACCUAGCUGUUCAGUAAAGUCGUUUAUAGUAUCAUCAAUUAGUUUUUCUUUUAACAUUGAAUUCCUCAGUUUUGAUAGUUUCUAAUUCAUCAGGAGUGAAAAACCAGGUUGUUCUUCAGUGAUCUCAGCAGAAUCAGAUGAAGAACUUUCAUAUGUGCUUUCAGAAUCUGUUUCGACUACUACAGGAAGUGCUCUUUUUUCGGACUUUUCCUUUUUUGUGUUGUAUUAUUUUGUUUGAACGUAAAUAUAUAUGGCACAAAGCCAUUGAUUAAUGUUUUCCGUUCACAACCAAAACCUAGUUUUACGCAGUAUACUUCAAAGUGGACUUCGCAUACUUUUGUGUUCUUGUUUACUGUGAACACAUCACACCUCCCCUUCUACGAUAUCUUGAAAUGAUGCUUACCCAUUGUUUUCUCAAACUUGGAUCCGAUGGAAAUGAAAACAUUCCAAUACCUGUUUAACUCUGGGUUUAUUAAGAGUAGAACUUUUGCAUAACAGUACGCAACAAGAGUUUCCAGGUCGAGAGGUUGAUAUACCUGGAUAGAUUAAAUUAUGAUAAAUUUCUUGCUGACCUUUCUGAUUGCUACUCGCCAUCACAAAUGCAUAUUCUUCUUUUACAAGACAAGUAUGUUUUUAAAUACAUUAUAAGUGGUUUCGUUAAGAAAAACCUGCAAUCCUUUAGAAAAAUGCACAAUAAAAGAUCAUUCACAACGCAUAAAAGUAUCACACUCACCAGCUGUAUUUUUAGUGUUUACAAAGUUUACUAGGAAGUGCCUCGUUUUCAUGCCGAUGAUGUAAUCGAUAAUUUAAAUUCGGGAAAGGUGUAUUUCUAAAGUUAAAAUUGACCACUAUGUGGUGAAUGAAGCAUUAGCAUUAAAAAUAAAUUACCUAACGCUUGUCCACUUUCACAUAGUUCUUCAGAAAUAAGGCUGUAGAGUUCUUGUUUGUUUUUAUUGUCACCAGCUUUUCUUCUCAAACCAAGUUUCAACAGAUCACGUUUUAGUGUGGACAAACUGAUAUUUAUACCAUGAUGCAUGGAAAGAAAUGACAAAAUUUCGAUGUUUGUGUUACCUUCUGCUUGCUUCCCGCUUUUUUAUCAACAUAAUUAUGCUCAUUGUUAUAUUGUGUAAAGUAAAGACUGUCAUUGGUAUACUCCUGACCAGAAGACAGUUUGCAAAAUAUGUUUGAAAUUGCGUGAAGUAUUUUUGGAAUAGAACAAUGUGAGCCUUCUGAGCCAUCGUAGAGAACUAUUAACCAAGUUUACGUUUUGAUUAUUAGAAGAUUUGCAAAAAAUCCAUCUAACGUUAUAUGAUCCUAGAAUUAAUGAUAGUUUGUGUAACAUAAAUCCAAGAAUAUGAAAACUGCAAGAAGAUAUGCUUAUGGUUGACAAACGGGUUGGUUUUGCUCAUUAUAUUGACAGUACACCGACCCAUGCAAUAUCCAACCUACUUUCGACUCUAACGCAACCGGUCCACUUCCAUCUCCUCUUAAAACUUUUCCAGUCAAAGUCCACCAAUAAAAAUUUGAGCCAACGAGCAAAUCAACAGCGAGAUCACCCGCCCCCGUAUCGGCAAGGCUUAAAUUUUUAAUUUGGCCAUAGUUCUGUUUUGCGACUUUAAUUGGUUGAUCAGACAAUAGUAAACAAAUAGUUGGAACACAAUGGGCAUGCACUAAUAUUUUUUCGUCACUGUGCAAACCUUUCAUAAAGAAUUCAACGCUUUCUACUUUUGACGCAACUGACUCAUUAUUUCCGAAUGUAGCAACUGUUAGAUUUUCAACGCUUUUUGUGGAAAAGUUUAAAACAACUCUUAUUCGCUUUGAGAUAUACAAUUUUUGACUACCGGCAUCGAACAAAACCCGCACGUUGGCCUGGUUUCCACUUGCACCUAUUAUCAAUACUUGAGCAGUUUGUAACAAUACUGAAUCGUUCGACCUUACGUGUAAAUUUGUCAAAUUAGCAGGUUGGUCUCGCUCAUCACAAAUCGCAGAAUUGUGUUUUCCUCUACAGUAAAAACAAUUUUUGUGCUGACGCAAUGCCUUUGAAUGUGGCCUGAUUUCAGACAUAAAAAACAUCGUUUCAAUUUGAACACGUGAUCUUUACGGAUCUCGCAUUUAUCUGAAAAAUGGGAGCCUUUACAAAACAGACACUUGAUUUGCGAACGCGAUUCAGAUUUCGAAAAUAGCGCGGAUGUAGUAAAAAGGCGAUCGUCUCCUUCCUCUAAAUGGGGUAUCUCGCAUGAUUCUCUUGUCAUGAUUUCUUCCCCUAAGAUUUUGAGGAGCCUAGUUAAAUCCCACCCUUCUCCCUUUAUAACCCUGCUUAUCAGUAGCCUUACAUUGUUCGGAAGCCUAUUUAUUCUAAUAGGUGAAAGUAAUGCACCAUAGUUCUUGCUAUCAAUACCCAGACUAAAUAAACUUCUUACGUGAGAUUCGAUCGUGUCAUAAAACUUACGCAAGUCACUUAAAUUUUCGUCCACAUCUGGUGGCAACUUUAACAGUUCGUGCAUGUGCACUGAUAUGAUUUGCUGUAUAUUUCCGUAACGCUCCUUCAAAAGUUCCACAGCUUUGGCAUAAUUUUCGUUUGUUAAACUUAAAGCUUACCUCCCACUUCAAAAACAGUUCAUCUUAUUCUGUUUAUACUAUGUUGAGAAUUUGUAAUAUAACAUUUAUUAAGUAAAAUUCGAAAUAAUAAAGCUAAUAUAAAGUCACAUUUUCUUGUGUUUACAGGAUGCUUCUUCAGAAAGCCGCCAUUUUGUAUUUUUUUUUUCGGAUUAAACCCAGUUUUAACGUCAUUUCCGGAUGACAAAAAAGUGGCCCCUGAACAAGUUGCCGUAAAACGAUAACUUAGAGAAAAAGAAGAAGAGUAAAUUAUUGCAACUAAGAUUAAUUUUGUUAAUAAUUAUAAAUGUGUUUUUGUGCUAUGGCUUUUUGCAAUAAGAAUAAUAGAAGUAGCGCUGGAAAGCAUUCCUUUGCCAGUCUUCCAACAGGUAAGAAACAACGAGCUGCGUGUACUCAUUAACAGAGUCGAUACGCUUUCAAAGUCGAGUUUUAAUCACUAGAAUGUUUUGAUCAACGCUGGCAAAAAAGCUUUGGCAAUUCUAAAUCUCUGUCCACUUGUCUUUGCAUCAGGCCAUGUGCAAAUUCUGGUAUAUGUGCUAUUAUAUUGUGGUACACUGUAGGGAUUUACGGGUUUUUAUUUUGUCCUACGCGCGUUGUUGUUUCUUUCUUUCUUUUUUUCUUAUAAUAAUCUAUUUUAAUUUAUUUUUCGUGUCGCGAUUCAUUCUCAUAUCAAAGAACGCUAUAGGCCCUGGAAUCGAGAUUGCUUGAAUUGAUACUAUAAUAAGCCAAGGGGUUUUGUUUAAGCUUGCACCUGUCUUUUCUAUGUUUACUUCCGCAUAGUCGUGAUUAUUAACGCUGCCAAUAGUCUAGCCAUAGAAUGAAGUUUUCUACUAAUCUUCUAAAUUAGAAACUCUUAGGGAACGCGGCGCAGCAUUUAAUUUCUUUUGGGGGGAGGGGGUAAGAUAGGCUACAAAAGAGUAAAAUAAAAUGUCGCCCGCCAUGGUUUGCUCUGAUAACCCUAAAUAGCUUCUUUUUUACUUUAAAAUAUACAUCCCGGCGUUGCGACCUGUCUCUGUGGGCAUUUCUGUAAGUCUCUACACAAGUCGGAAAGAGCCAAUCUCAUUCUCAGGGCACCGGAAUAGCUAAAAAGGCCUAUUCACUACUAAGCUAUUGCUUCCACUUCCAUUAUCAUCCUCAUAACAGCUUUCCCAGCUAGAAUCUGAUUCACUGCCAGGUGUUGUAGACUUUUUACUGGCCGAAACUUCAAAACUAAGAAAGCCCACAACUUUUUUUCGGAAACUCAGUUUUAAAAAGACAAGUAAAAAACAAGUGUUUACUUGUCUUCAGUACCUGUUACAAACUCAUCUUCAGUACCCGUUACAAAUGUUGAAAAACAAAACAACAACUGCUUUGUAUAUAUAAAACCGCUUUGUAUAUAUAAAAACCUGGCCACGUCAGAGUCAGCGAAAUUAUCAUCCAGGAGUUGACGUCACAAGCCCUCCCGCGAAGACAUUUAUUUACAAUCGGGGCACAAGAUGGCGACUAGCACGAAGCUUCUUCUCCAGCUAAUAUUUUACAACUUUAACGACGAAUAUCUUCCGAACAAAUCUGAAUAAGUAUAAAAGAAAUUUUUUUUCGUAAUUAGUACAAUAUUUUGAGUUGAUUUUCGAUUACUUUUUUUAAAGUGGGAGGUAAGCUGUAAUCCUUCUAUAGUCUUAUAAGCAUUUCCAUCAAGGUAUAUUCGUAGGUAGCACAGUUACUCGAAAAACCCUGGUUGGGAAGAGCGGCACUUUAAAGGGCGUAUCCUUUUGUUGCGGUUCUCAAACUAUCACGCGACAGUAUCGGUGCACACAAAAUUAUAUAAUGGUAGCGAAAUUGUAAACAUACUUGUAAACUUGCUAUUUUCUGAGAAUUUUAUUGUCUUUUUAAGAAUUAAAUGAACAUGUUUCCAAGAAUUUUAUGAUGCCUGGGGCAAAUUGUUGUAUGGUUGGUUGUGGGAGUAGUAGAAGGCUCGGAGAAAUAGGCAUAUUUAAGGUGCCAAAAGCAAUUAAUGAGAAUUAUAAGAAGUGGAGGGAGGAUUGGCUUAAUGUGGUUAUGAAGUCGAGAGUUGUGGAUCAAUUAUUUAAAAAACAAAUAGAGAAUGGCACAGUGAAAACAUGCGACAAGCAUUUUAAAAGUGAAUAUAUUGAUAUCUGUAAGUUUCACUUUAAAGAGUUUUAUAAAACAAUUUGCUAGCUAGCUUAGCUAGCUAAUAACCAUUCCAUGAAUAUAUACUAAAUUUUCCUCACUUUUUAGUUCCAUCAGAAAAGGGGCCUGCUAAGAAACGGUUAAUUUUUGAAGGUUUACUUGAGCUUAACUUGCCGAAGAAAAGCUGUGAAGUUCAAUCAACUGAUAAAAGAGAGCCUCCAGCUGAAAGACUUCUAACAACUGCAAAAAAAGUUACUAGUAACGAUUAUUACUACGAAUCAUAUCAACAGUUAUGUGAUAUACUUGUAAAGUUGAAAACUUUAGCUCGUUGGAAAAUUGAUAUUGAUAUCUAUAAAACUGUUAUGAAAAUAUGCCCAGUUUGUUAUCCCGAAGUUUGAGGUUCAAAUUGAUGGUAGUAUGGGAUCUUCUAUAGCUGUGUUGGUUUUUACCAGAGCAUCAUCAAAUUUAUAAAGAUAACAAAAGAUGCAUUCGCAAUGUUAAUAUUUUAGAUUUAGCGAACCAUGUUGAAAAGGCUAAAAUUUGCAUUGGAGUACCUGAUAAUUCAGGUGGACUGUUGUCCCAUGCAAUUCCAAUAUUUACCGACCCACAUAUUGAUGACAUACCAUAUAAAUGCAAACAGUUUAACCGCACUCUUGAUUGCUUUUUGUUGUGUGCAAGUGAUGUAUGUUGUACAUGUUCAAAUUUUAUCAAAGCACAGGAAAAAUCUGCACAGGCUAAAAGUAGGAGGUUAGCUGAACCUGCAAAAGACAAAGCACCAGUUUCUUUUACAUCACCACUGAGACUGAAGUUGAAACUUCAAAAUCAGCGAUUGAGAUGUCAACAGUUAGAAAGUCAAAUUAAGGACAUGCAGUCUUCUCUUAAAAAAGCUAGUGUUUAUGUCAAUCAAGAUAUGAGUGAUGGUUUUAUUAACAUAUUUAGUGGAGCCACUCCAGACCAAAUGACCCCAUUUAUGAAUCUAUUUUUAAUCUUAAUGUCCGGGAAUUUGAGUACAAUGACAGUGGAAAUACAAAAGGACGUUAUGACCAUACUAAAAAUUGGGUUAAUGUUACAAAUAAAAAAUUACAGAAGGGAUAGUUAUAUUAUUAUAUAUGUGCAGAAUUUUUAGUCAAUUUCUAACCCAUAUUUUCGUUUUGUUUAGAGCACGACUGCUUGAUACCUUUUCGCAAGCCUUUAGAUUUUGAAGUAAAUUGUUCUUUUUUUUAUAUUCUUCAAGCAACUGUUUCGCUUUUGAAUAUGAUCGUGCUCUAACAUAGAGUGAUAUAAUACUAAACAGUGUGUCCUUUGCUACGUCAUUAUCAAUUUCAGCCUCACUGCUGUUUAAAAGAGUUUCGAAAGAGGUUAUUAUGGUGGAAUUUGCUAAUGCUUCUUUUAAAAUUUGUUCUAUAUCUGUAUUUUUAAUUCCAGCACUUGAUGUGUGAGUUCUAAAAUAAGUCUCUACAACAGUCAGGAUAUCUUCAGCUGGUGGUGAAAUUUUCCACAAUCCUCCUCGAUUUAUUUUAUCAAAAUAAGACUCAACACUAUUAUUUUGGUUACAUCGUCCUGCUAAAAGGAAUGAUAUUGCCAUUUGACUAUUUUUGGUGUUCCAAGUGAUGGAGUUUUUGAUUUUUUAUACAGCUUUUUAAACACGUAUCCGCCAAUGUAUAUAAGACCAUGAGGCUCAUUCUGGGAAAGUACAAAUGGUGUUUCAAUAAUGGAAUUGGCAGCAUUAUUAUUGUUUAACUUCUUUCUCUGUGCGAUUAAUUUAUCUACAAGUUUUGUCAAAACUAAGGUUGAUGCAUCACGGCUUAGUCUUUUAAAAUACAUUGGUGCUUUUAUAACAAUCUCAGAGUACAUAUUGCUGUAUAAUUUUUCCAUAUUACCAGUUUUGUUAAACUUUUUAAAUGUUGGAGAUACCAUAGUAUGUAAGUCACUAUUUACACUAUCAUUGUUUAUUGUAAAAAAAUUUAAUUCGGUUUUAAUCGAUGGGGGAUAACACAUGUUAUCAGAAGCAGUGGUUUUAGUUCUUGUAACAAGUGCAAUAAAAUAUCCUGGCUCAAAUUGUUGUCUUCUACUUCAACUGUCGUACUUUUAUUGUGACUGGUCGUUCUAUGUCUCUUUAUUCCACCUUUACUUUUGCAUUUCUUGAGACAAUCUGGACAUGAAAAUACUCCAGCUUCAAGGUAGUUAAACUACUCCAUAUCGCUUAAAUUUGAUCGAUUACUUCGACUUAGUGAAUAACUCUGUUGUAAGUUUCUUUAAAGUUUUAGUUGUAUUUUCUUCUUCGUAACUUCGUUCGACAUGAUAAAUAGAUUACGUUUCAAAAACAACGUAUAAACCACAAAUAACAACUAACGAUAGUUUUCGACGAUAACCAGAAAUCGAUCUGGCUCAGUGGACCAUGAAUUGGUAACCUUAGAUAAGAUAAUAAAUCUUUUACGUGUUAUCGUUGAAAAUAGUUUCUUGAACUGUCAGCUCUUGUACAGCAUGGCAUAAAAAACAAAAUAUGCGCAUGCGCAAAAUAUAUACAGAAGUGAAACAAAACUAACACAUAAAACGGCAAAACGUACAUGCAUAAAAUGUGUGUAAAAAAAGAUGGAACAUGCAAACGCUUGUAAAUCUCUCAAAAUGGUAGCUUAGCUGCGCAAGAUAAAUAAAUUAAAAAAUUACGCCAACGUUUGUUUUAUUAUGUUUGUAUUUUUGUUUGUUUGUUUUUCCAAACCUUAAAAACAACACCUUUUUA